AGAUCGUCAUCGACCUCAAUAUCCGCACGAACCUCAACACGAAAUAAUCUUACAUCGCAAUUGUCGAAUAGAUAAUUAGUCGUCUUCCAGGGUUGUAUACUUGAUACCUACCUCUUCACGCACUAGAUUUCACAGUACUUCCCCAAAUCUAGCAUUCGAACAAUCCUCCACAAAAAUGGCCAGCGUAAACCUCGACGACUUCGACAUGACCAAGCUAAGCGACAAUGAGAAGAAAGACCUACAACAGUUCCUAGCAAACGAGACUCAAAAAAUCAAUUUGCAAACCAAAAUCCACACCCUGACGGAUAAGUGCUUUAGGAAGUGCAUCACGGGCACGAUCCGCUCCAACACGCUGGACAAUAGCGAGCGGACCUGCCUGGCGAACUGCACCGAGCGGUUCUUCGACGUGGCCUGGUUGUCCAUAACGUCUAUGCAGAGCAAAGGUGGUAAUAGUUGAGGUCUGGUGGUAUAAUAUAUAUGACCCCGUGUCGGUUGGUAAUAGGAAAAAAAAACAUCCCACAAUAGCGGAUUGUACGGAGCUAUGCUGGGACUACGGGUUGAAGGCGCACUACAUAAGGAGCCACGUCAAGGAUGAUAUGAGCGUUAUUCGUGAAGUCAUAUCAUGUGUGGGAAUACGAACAUAUAGUCACUACUCAUUAGACACCUAGAAAGUACACAGGCAAGCAAAUCACCCAAGGGA